CUGACGGGAGAAGACAAAGGCGCAUGCGUGAGAGUCCCCUCGCACACCUGGAAACUACACGUCCCAUGAGGCGCCACGCUACCGCGAGCAUGCGUAAUGCGUGCCUCUCACCUUCUGCCACCCCAGAAUCUCAGCUCGGUCGUCAGCACCUCCCACGGUCCUCGUCCGGCCUCGCCACCAUGGCUCUGGUGUCAGCCGACUCGCGCAUCGCGGAGCUCCUGGGAGAGCUGCACCAGCUCAUCAAACAGACACAGGAGGAGCGGUCGCGGAGCGAGCACAACCUAGUCAACAUCCAGAAAACACAUGAGCGGAUGCAGACAGAAAACAAGAUCUCCCCGUAUUACCGGACCAAGCUUCGUGGACUCUACACGACUGCCAAAGCUGACGCGGAGGCUGAGUGCAACAUCCUACGCAAGGCGCUGGACAAGAUUGCGGAGAUCAAAUCCCUUCUGGAGGAGCGGCGCAUUGCUGCCAAGAUUGCCGGGCUUUACAACGAGUCAGAGCCACCCCGCAAGACCAUGCGCCGGGGCGUCCUCAUGACCCUCCUCCAGCAGUCAGCCAUGACACUGCCCCUGUGGAUCGGCAAGCCUGGGGACAAGCCACCCCCGCUCUGCGGCGCUAUCCCCGCUGCCAGCGAUUACGUGGCCAAGCCGGGAGACAAGGUGGCCGCUCGUGUCAAGGCUGUGGACGGGGAUGAGCAAUGGAUCUUGGCCGAGGUGGUGAGCUACAGCCAUGCCACCAACAAGUACGAGGUGGAUGAUAUUGAUGAAGAAGGCAAAGAGCGUCACACCCUGAGCCGCCGCCGCAUCAUCCCGUUGCCCCAGUGGAAGGCGAACCCUGAGACAGACCCCGAGGCGCUGUUCCAGAAGGACCAGCUGGUGUUGGCGCUGUAUCCCCAGACCACCUGCUUCUAUCGGGCCCUGAUCCACGCCCCACCCCAGCGGCCCCAGGACGAUUACUCGGUGCUCUUCGAGGACACGUCCUAUGCGGAUGGCUACUCCCCGCCCCUCAACGUGGCCCAGAGAUACGUGGUGGCCUGUAAGGAGACCAAGAAGAAGUGAGGUGUUGGGGGCGGAGCUUGGGGAGCGCCCGUGAGUAUAAUAAAGGCUUCUCCGCCCCCCCCA